AUGUCGGGUAGUCGAUCAUUUCUCUCGCAGUUGAACGUGUUCAAUAAGGAUAACUACGAGAUAUCUACUGAUUCUAAAACGCUUGAUACAGACGCCAAUCCUACUGGUACUAGCGAUGACAAUAGAUCUGUUGAAACAGGUGAACAUUUCGAUGUCGAAUUGGAUAAGGGAUCUAAGAAACUUGGGCUCAUCUCAUGUAUUGGUCUAAUCUGUAAUCGGAUGUUAGGUACCGGUAUCUUUGCCGUAUCUUCCACCAUUUAUACUUUGAGUGGUUCCGUUGGUUUAGCGUUGAUCAUGUGGGCAGUGGGUGCCAUUAUUGCAUUAGCUGGUCUUUAUGUGUAUAUGGAAUUCGGAACUGCCAUCCCAAGAAACGGUGGUGAAAAGAACUAUUUAGAACGUAUUUUCCCUGCACCUAAGUUCUUUGUCACUUGCAUGUACGGUGCGUACGUUUUCUUCCUCGGUUGGGCUGCCGGUAACUCAGUGAAUACUGCAGUCAUGUUUUUAACAGCAGCUAACGCUGAUAUCACAGAAUGGAACCAAAGAGGUAUCGGUGUGGCAGUUGUUGGUUUCGCUUUCCUCAUCAACUCUGUCAAUGUCAAAGUGGGUCUAUACAUUCAGAAUAUUUUGGGUAUCUUCAAGAUCGGUGUCGUGUUGUUCAUCGCCGUUACCGGUUGGGUUGCUCUUGGUGGUGGGUUGAAAGACGGUUAUAAGACAGACAAUUUCCACAAUGCAUUCGAGGGUACCGGAAAUGCUACCGCUUACGGUAUUGUGAACGCGCUAUACAACGUCAUUUGGUCAUUUGUUGGUUACUCUAACGUCAACUAUGCUCUUGGUGAAGUGAAAAAUCCGGUUAGAACGUUGAAGAUUGCUGGUCCAACCUCAUUGAUAUUCUUGGCCAUCGUAUACAUCUUUGUGAACAUUGCUUAUUUUGCAGUGGUCCCUAAAGAAGUGUUCAGAACCUCUAAAUUGAUUUUAGUUGCUGAUUUCUUCGAACUUGCUUUCAAAAGUGAUAGUGCAAAGAAGGCUGCUUCUGUUCUUGUUGGGUUAAGUGCCUUGGGUAACGUCAUGUCGGUAAUUUUCUCCCAAGGUAGAAUCAUCCAACAAUUGGGCCGUGAAGGUGUCUUACCCUUCUCUAACUUCUUUGCCACUUCAAAACCAUUUGAUUCUCCAUGUGUUGGUCUUUUCCAGCAUUUUAUCGUCUGUACCGUUACCAUCAUUGCUCCUCCAGCUGGUGACGCUUAUAAUUUCGUUUUGAACUUGAUUUCGUACCCAAUGAACAUCGUCAAUUUCUUCAUCAGUGCAGGUUUACUAUGGAUCCACUGGGAGCGCAAAAAGGGAAGAACCAUGUGGGAUCCACCAAUCAAGGCUGGUAUUCCAGUCAUUGCCUUUUUCAUGUUGGCUAAUCUGUAUCUUAUCGUCGCUCCAUACAUCCCACCAUCUAACGGUGAAUCUGUUUACCAAUCGCUACCAUACUGGAUUCACUGUGUGGUCGCUUGGGGUAUCUUUGCCGUUGGCGGUAUAUACUGGGUCGUAUGGGCCGUUGUUUUACCAAAGAUCGGUAAAUAUGAAUUGGUACACGAAGAAGUUCUUGGUGAGGACGGUUUCUGGAGACAAAAGAUCGCAAAGAGAAAGAUUAAUGAAGCUAAUGCCGAACAGAUAUCUUUUGAACUAGAAAAGGUCAGCAACUCAACUGGUUUCGAGAAAAUUCCAGAUCAACAUACUGUAACCAUUGCUUAG